UUCGGUACGCAGUCCGCACUAAAAAUUUUCCCCCGAUACCCUCGCAUGUCCGUCCCGCUCUCUCUGUUUUGUCUAAGUUUUGUCUAAAAAAACCAUUGCCUUCGUGACCGAACCCUCGCGCUGCAAUCGGGAACGCGGCUUUCAGAGACCCGAAACUCCCAUUUUUCUCCUCCUUCCGCAACUCUCCUACCCGAAACCCGCUACAAUCGGAUUUAGGUUAAAUUUUGCUCUAAAUCCGUUACCAGAGGCCCGAAGCCUCCAAAAUUUCGGCAACUCGCAUCAAAAUAGUUCCGCACUUCCGCGGAAGGCGGGGCACUAACCUAUCUUCGAGCCCCAGCUCCCAGCCCUAGUAGAAGAUGGGUUACAUUGGGCAACAUGGGAUCGCGGCGCUCCACAAAUAUAAGUAUAGCGGCGUUGACAAUUCUCUGGUUGCGAAGUAUAUAUUGCAACCAUUUUGGGGUCGGUUCGUCAAUAUAUUUCCGCUUUGGGUGCCACCAAACAUGAUAACACUUACAGGCUUUGUGUUUGUGCUCUUCUCAGCAUUUCUUGGCUAUGUAUAUUCUCCACAUUUAGAUACGGCACCCCCUCGUUGGGUUCACUUUGCUCAUGGGAUGCUUCUUUUCUUAUACCAGACAUUUGAUGCUGUUGACGGUAAACAAGCAAGGCGUACAAACUCCUCAAGCCCAUUAGGAGAACUUUUUGAUCAUGGAUGCGAUGCUCUUGCUUGUGCAUUUGAAACAUUAGCUUUUGGAAGUACUUCCAUGUGUGGAAGGACAACAUUCUGGUUUUGGGUAAUUGCAGUUGUCCCAUUUUAUUGUGCAACAUGGGAACACUUUUUUACCAAUACGCUUAUUCUACCUGUUGUUAAUGGGCCAACGGAAGGCCUUAUGCUGAUCUAUGUCUGCCAUUUUCUCACAUUUUUUAUGGGUGCUGAAUGGUGGGCACAAGACUUCAGGAAAUCACUUCCCUUUUUGAGUUGGAUACCAUUUCUGCCUGAGAUUCCUUUCUAUGACGUGGUGCUGUUUUUGAUGAUCGUUUUUGCUGUAAUUCCUACUGUUGGAUCAAAUGUUAGCAAUGUACAGAAGGUUGUUAAAGCUAGAAAAGGAAGCAUGUUGCUCGCAUUAGCAAUGCUCUUUCCAUUUACAUUGCUAUUAGCUGGUGUUCUUAUUUGGUGCUACCUUUCUCCUUCUGACGUAAUGGGAAAUUAUCCGCACUUGCUUAUCACUGGAACCGGCAUGGCAUUUGGAUACCUUGUGGGGAGAAUGAUUCUAGCGCACUUGUGUGAUGAGCCUAAAGGUUUGAAAACUGGGAUGUGCAUGUCAUUGCUCUUCCUUCCUCUCGCAAUAGCCAACGCGCUUACUGCCUGGCUUAAUGAUGGAACGCCUCUUAUUGACGAACUUGUCAUUCUCCUUAUGUAUUGUGCAUAUACUGCUGGGCUCUACUUUCAUUUCGCAACUUCAGUCAUCCAUGAAAUCACAACUGCGCUGGGCAUUUACUGCUUCAGGAUUACUAGGAAAGAAGCAUAAGAUCCUCAUGUUUGGUUAGUUUGUUUUCUCUUUUCAUGCAAUUUUCCUUAUUGGUGGUGAACUUGCAAGCAGCAUGAAAUCUGAAGAACUAUUCUCUCCUUUUUUUUGUGUUUUUGGUAAAUUUUCCAUCAUCGAAAUGAUUCAUUUUAUUUGUGUAAUUUUGAUCCAUUUCCUGAUCUCGGAAAAUAAAAAGAAACAUGACAAAUGUAUUGGUAGGAUUUUAAAUAUUUUUUCAUACGGAAUAUUUUGGAAUGCUGUAACAUAUCUUGUUUUUAGAAGGCAAUUCCUUUAGCUAUUGAAAA